CUUUGUGCGCGUGUCAUACAGAGUCAGAGAGCGAGCGAGCGACCAUGUGAGCAAGCCUGUCAGUAUGCAACAUGUCGAGCAGAUGAACUCUGUCUCGAGGAGGACUACUCUCGCCAAGUUUGAGAAAGGAGGAGAUGCGGCGCUCGUUCUUCUGCCCUCGUCGUCGAUUUGUUUGUUUCUUCGUUUAAUUUACUUGCCUUGUUUUCUCUCUUAUUCUGGAGGAGUGACCCAGAGGAUGAAAUGUCGUGGGAUCCCCCAGGAUUUUGGACCUUGUCUUAAAUUUUGGACGCUGCACUUCUAUUCAUCUUUUGUAUAAAAGGGUUUCCCCGCUGUUUUUCUUCUUCUUGUUCUUCCCUUCUCCCCCUUGUGGUAUUUCCUGCUUUUAUGUGUUGUUCUGGUCCCCUUCUUGAGUCCAGAUGAGUGUGCUCCGCUGGCACCGGCUCUCUGCGCUCUGGAAGAACUGGAUGUUCAACCAGGAGCCAGCAGAAGAGCAGGACCAGAUCCCAGAAGCCCUAGGACCUGAAGCAGAGCCACGGGGGGAGAAAGGGAACGCAUUCAAGGAUCACAACUCAGAUUUGGAGAGCGUCACAGAAUCUAAGACCCAAAGUUUGGGUUAUAAGAAGCAGAGAUCCGAAUCUGACAGCCAGAAUGUGGAAUAUAACAAUCUGAACACACUCCCUAAGAUCCAGAAGUCUGAACUGUUGAAACGUAGCUGUUCUGAGCCGUGCUCUCAGGUCACAUACGCUGAGGAUCGAUCUUCCAGCUACCCCCAGACACCCGAAGGUUGUGGGGGCAAAUCCCGUCAAAGUUUCUGCUCUGAGCAGAGUGUUCCCUGUAUAUUGCAGGUGGAUAACGGUAGCGAGGGGGACGACAGCUUCUUGCAGAGGGAGGGUUCCCAACGGCGGUCCAGACGGCGCUUCAGAAGGGUCAACCCCAGGGGAGAGCGGGAACUGAUCACAGACGGCCAAGACCCCGCCAGCUACAACACGGAUUAUGUCAACAACCAGCUUCCUGCCGAUCUCAAUAAGAUGCACCUAACAGACCAUGCCCACCAGCAGGUGAUGCACAUGCCGCCCAGCCAGUCGGGAUGCAGUAUCGCCAGUGACUCGGGUAGCAGCAGCCUUUCAGAUAUUUACCAGGCCACAGAGAGUGAUUUGGGGGAUGUCGACCUUUCUGGACUUCCAGAGGCUGCAGUGGACAGUGAGGAGGAGGAGGAGGAAGAUGAGGACCUGGAGAGAGCUUCGGACACUCUCCUAGGCCGAGAUCUGGUCCGAGAGUGUCUAGAAAAAGAUCCUGUCGACCGCAAUGACGACGACAUCGAGCAACUGCUGGAGUUCAUGCACCAGCUGCCUGCCUUUGCCAACAUGACCAUGUCCGUGCGGAGGGACUUGUGUAGCGUCAUGAUGUUCGAAGUGGUGGAGCAGGCCGGCACAGUCAUACUCCACGACAAACAGGAGCUGGACCACUGGUAUGUCAUUCUGAACGGAGCAGUCGAAAUUAGCCAUCACGAUGGGAGAACGGAGACUCUUUGUAUGGGCAACAGCUUCGGCAUCUCACCCUCACUGGAUAAGCAGUACAUGAAUGGAGAGGUUCGCACCAAAGGGGAUGAUUGCCAGUUUGUCUGCAUCGCCCAGGAGGACUACUGGCGCAUCCUCAACCAUGUGGAGAGGAAUACGCACAAGGUGGAAGAAGAGGGGGAGAUUGUGAUGGUGAAGGAACACCGGGAGCUGGACCGCAGCGGGACCAGGAAAGGACACAUUGUCAUCAAGGGAACACCCGAGCGUCUGAUCAUGCACCUGGUGGAGGAACCGUCGGUGGUCGACCCCACCUACAUCGAAGACUUCCUCCUGACCUACAGGACUUUCCUUUCAAGUCCCAUGGAGGUUGGCAAGAAGCUGCUGGAGUGGUUCCAGAUGGACAGCCUUCGUGACACGGUAACAAGAAUAGUGCUGCUGUGGGUCAACAACCACUUCAACGACUUCGAGGGUGACCCGGCUAUGACGCGCUUCCUGGAGGACUUCGAGAAACAUCUAGAAGCCACAAAAAUGAAGGGCCAUCUGAGACUGCUGAACAUAGCAUGUGCAGCCAAGGCUAAGUGGAGACAGAUCACUCUGCAGAAGGCAUCUAGGGAAUCACCGCUCCACUUCAGCGUGCAGGGCGGCAGCGAGAGAGGAUUUGGCAUCUUUGUCGAGUCGGUGGAAGAAGGAAGCAAAGCUGCAGAAGCAGGACUCAAAAGGGGGGAUCAGAUCAUGGAGAUCAAUGGUCAGAACUUUGAGAACAUCUCCCUCUCCAAAGCUGCAGACAUCCUACGAAAUAACACACACCUCUCCCUCACAGUUAAAACCAACAUCUUUGUCUUCAAAGAGCUCCUUAGCAGGAUCGCGCAUGAGAAGAAGAACGGCGGCCUUCACAUUCCCAAGAUCCAGGAGAAAAAAGGCAAUCGUUUCUCCAUCGCAGACCUUCCCGGAGACAUGGAGUUCCCCACUGACCACAAGGCCACCCGAAAGAUGAAGGCCAACACUGUGUCUGGAGGACGAAACAAGAUCAGGAAGAUGCUGGAGAAGACGCGCUUCAGUAUACUGCCACCUAAACCUUUCAGUGAUGGCGGCUUAGUUCAGUCUCAAGAUGACAGCAUUGUGGGUACAAAGCAGUGCCGUCACAGCGUAGCCAUCAUGCCCAUUCCUGGCAACCUAUCAUCAAGUAGCCCAGACCUGCUGCAGCCAGCAAGCAGCGUCCUGGACUUCUCCAUCCCUGCAGACAUCCCAGACCAGGUAAUUCGAGUGUUCAAGGCCGACCAGCAGAGCUGCUACAUAAUCAUCAGUAAGGACACUACUGCCAAGGAUGUCGUCGCGCACACUGUCAAUGAGUUUGGACUCGUCGCGGCACCCGAGACCUACUCCCUGUGCGAGGUAUCAAUUAGCCCAGAGGGAGUCAUAAAACAGCGCCGUCUGCCUGAUCAGCUCUCUAAACUGGCUGAUCGAAUUCAGCUUAAUGGAAGGUAUUACCUGAAGAACAACAUGGAGACGGAGACGUUGUGUUCAGACGAGGACGCCCAGGAUCUCCUCAGAGAAAGUCAAAUCUCACUUCUGCAGCUGAGCACCAUGGAGGUUGCAGCCCAGCUCUCCAUGAGAGACUUUGAGCUCUUCAGGAACAUCGAGUCCACAGAGUACGUGGAUGACUUGUUUAAACUAGACUCCUCUGUGGGAAGUGGCAAUCUGAAACAAUUUGAGGAGGUGAUAAACCAGGAGACCUUCUGGGUGGCCACAGAGAUCUUGAAGGAGCCCAACACUCUGAAAAGGAUGAAAACCAUCAAACACUUCAUCAAGAUCGCCCUUCACUGCAGAGAGUGCAAGAACUUCAACUCCAUGUUCGCUAUUAUCAGCGGACUGAACCUGGCACCGGUGGCUCGACUGCGGAGUUCCUGGGAAAAAUUGCCCAGUAAGUACGAGAAGCUCUUUGGGGACCUGCAAGAUCUCUUCGACCCAUCCAGGAACAUGGCCAAGUACCGAAACGUGCUGAGCAGCCAGAGCAUGCAGCCGCCCAUCAUCCCGCUGUUCCCAGUGGUCAAGAAGGACCUCACCUUCUUACAUGAAGGCAAUGACUCAAGUGUUGAUGGCCUUGUGAACUUUGAGAAGCUGAGGAUGAUCGCGAAGGAGAUCAGACAUGUGGUGCGGAUGACCUCAGCCAACAUGGACCCUGCCCUCAUGUUUAGGCAAAGGAAGAAGAGGUGGAAGAGUUUAGGGUCUUUGAGUCAGGGCAGCACCAAUUCCAAUAUGCUAGACGUGCAAGGCGGAGCGCACAAGAAGAGAGUACGCCGAAGCUCGCUCCUCAAUGCUAAGAAGCUGUACGAAGACGCUCAGAUGGCCAGAAAGGUGAAGCAGUACCUCUCUAACCUCACAGUGGAGACUGAUGAGGAGAAACACCAGAUCAUGUCCUUGCAGUGCGAGCCGUCUUACAACACUUUGUCUAAGAAUUUGAAUGAGAGGCGAUCCACUAAGUCGGAUAUGUCUCCAGUCUCGCUGCGGUCAACUCUGCCCUCCGGAAAAACACAAAACAGGGUGUCACAAGUCCUACAGGUCCAGGUCCCACUGAACCCUCUACGAAAGAAGAGCACUGCCAAGGACAUAGCCUCACUUAAUUCCAACUCACCUCAGGUGGUUAAGAAACCACCAGUGAACUCGUCAGAGGAGUGGAGCACAAAGAGAACAUGUGACGACACAGUUUCCACCAUCUCCUCUCUUCACUCGAGCCCCACGGUGUCACCUCAGGGCUCCCCGCGCAAAGUGGGAGGUGUGGCAAAGUCCCAGAACUCCAGCCAGAUGAACUUGUCGGGAUCUUCAUCGUCGCUGACCAGCGAAGCUAGCUCAAAGGCCACCGUCAGUCUGCGCAGCUACGGCAUAGGUUAUGCCCUCCUACCACCCGGUAAAGCUGACAACCUGUCGGACUCGAGUCACAGCGAGAUCUCCUCCCGCUCCAGUAUCUGUUCGGUCGACUCUGUGCCUGCUCCUGGGCCUGAUGACCGAUGUAAUAGCAGCAACAGGACCUGUAUGACUACUACUGCCACUAUUGCUACUACAACGUCUCCUGCAAUAGCUACCGCGGUUCCUGAGAGCGCAGCAGGAAUGCAUUCCCACGUAAAUGCUGAUUACAGCCAGCCCAGCACAAGCGGUUCCUCGUCAGCUCGGGGAUACCCGACGCGAGCCUCCACCUUCACUUCUUCCAUCUCGACAGAGGAGCUGACCCACGACCACACCUCUCUGGACUCGGUGGCCGACAGCGGGCGCGGCAGCUGGACGUCCUGCUCCUCCAACUCCCACGACUCCUUCCAGAGCCUCCCCACCUCCUCCUGCCGGCCCUGGGACCACGGCAUCCACGGCCACCCGCUUGCUCUGUCCCACUUCAAGCACACGCAGAUGACCCGGCCGAUAGCGGAGGCCGAGGCUGCCGGGCCCGUGUGGGCGAGCGACGGCGGUGCCAGGCAGCACUCCAGAGACUCGAGUUCAGACCUGUCCAAUCAGUGCCGGCAGAGCUGGGCGUCGUCUGGCUCGCUCUCGGACACCUACGAGGGGAAUUACGGGACGAUAAAGCGGCGAAACACCUCGGAGCACCCCUCCUCACCAGCCAAAGAGGAAGGAGGGCAAAGCACAGACCCUGCCUACAAAACGGUGACAUCAAGCACAGAGAAGGGCCUGAUAGUGUAUUGUGUCACCUCCCCUGCCAAGGAUGAGCGUUACCGAGCUCCCCCUCCCACCCCUCCAGGCUACCAGGGCCUGGCCCUGGGGGACCUCGGCCUUGCAGACGGAGUAAUAGGUGGGCCAGGAGGGCACGUCCCCAGGCCUCCUCACCUCAAACCUCCGGACUACAGCGUGGCGUUGCAGAGGAGCAAACUCCUGCAGAGCCCCGGAGCUGCCGGCAGUCUGGCUGAGGCACGCAGGCUGGCGGGUAACCUUCACCUUCAACACCAAGACGCACGGACAGCCGGGUCCACGCCGGGCCACUCCAGACCGCCAAGCAUCUGCCACCCGCCACAGGAUCUGGCUGACAGUGAGGAUGAUGAGCAAGUCUCAGCGGUGUAACGGCACAAACCGACGGACCAAGUCGUGUUGAUCCGGCUUUGGACUAAGCCAGUCAGCUGGUUGCCGUCAACUGUCAGAGCACAUCGUCCGAGCCCCUCCCAAGGCCCCUUGUGACGUCACCGCAGACCACUCGUGAACCUGGCCAGUCACUCAGGUGACCCCUGUCCAACUCCCGGGACUCACACAAGCACCUCUUUUUAAACUCGUUUCAGAAAUCAAAAGAAGAAAACAGAGACUUUGGAUACUUUUUAAAAACUCUGUACAAAGUAGAAAGGCGCUGUGAUGGGAUCACGCCGCCGUAGAUAGACUUAAAAAACCCCAACAAAAUAAAAGAAGGAAAGAGUGACAAUAAAGACGCGUCGUGCGACGAAGUCAGCCUCCUCAGAGACGGACCGUGUACCUCCAUUUUGCGCUUCAAGCUCACUUUUCGUGUUGUUGUUGAUUUUUUUUCUUUAAAUUAAAAUCUUGUACAGUGGUUUAGAUUAUUUUUUUUGUAAAAGUGUUCAUUUUUCUUCUUUAAGUUGCAUCUCUGAGCUUUUAUGCGAGGAUGGUGAGGACAAAAAGGGACGGAAAGUAGUCAGCAGCGUCGUGGACAAACAUGAACUCACGGGGGUGUUUUCUCUUUUUUUUGUGGCUCUGCUCAUUUUAUUUUGACGUUUGCAAGAUUGUCGUCCGCUCCAAUGGAGAUGAAUGUGAAACAAAGAGACAAGCUUUGGCACUGAUGAUAUUAAUUUACGCAUGUGACACCAGAUUCCACAUGAACAAAGCAAAUGCACAAAAAACCCGAAUAAAAAUACACAGAACAGUUGCAGUACUUAAACUUCGACUGCAUCGGAGGUCAGAAAAGCCCCUCAGGAGCCCCGUUGCCUUUUUCUUUCCCACGCUCCCUCCUUAGGUGGUGACAAAUGAGAAAUCAAACCCGCGGAACAACGGAAGGCACGUCUGUUCAUGUUUAGCGCUUAUUGUAGUUUGCUGAGCUUUACAGGGGAAAAAAAGACAAACUGCAGAUCUCAGGCAGUUCCCCGUGGCUGCGUGUUGCACUCCCCACCGCCAGCCGCUUCUCUUACUGCUUGUUUAGUCUGUCGCGAGGUACUUUAGCGGCAUGCUGCCUCCUGGAUGUUCUAUAAAAACUGUAUCAUAACUUGAUUCUAAUGAGCUGAAGAACAAAUGACUUGCUGCUUACCGUAGAAUAAUAAAAAUGUGUUGUUAUUUAAUUGCAGCAGCUAUAGUAAAAUGAUAAAUUAGCACUGUGUGGCCACACGAUUUGCAUAUAUAUAUAUAUAUAUAUAUAUAUAUAUAUGCACACACACCAAAAUCACGCUGGUGUGCAUAAAGACAGUGUUUACACCAGUGCUUACACAUUUUGUUUACAGUGUUUAUUAGACUAGUUGUCUAUUGAAUUACAAGCUGAGUGUUAGUGCAAACACUCCAGGUUCGGCCGACCUUGUAAAUGUGUUAAUAAUGCAGCAGGAAUAUGCAGAUGCAGCAUAAAUUUGGAUUAUGUGCUCACAGUGUACCUCUCGUCUCUCAUCUCUUUGUUUUUUUUGUUCUUUUGUUUUCUUCCUAUUUAAAAGCGCGAGUGUCGCAAACAAGUCGGCGAAUAUUUUAAGGCGUACCUCGCACCUUCAUUUUGUGUCCAUAGUGUGUUUUGUAGACUAUUUAAAGAGGAUGUGCUUGAAAAUUGUCUAUUUGCAUUGAAAACAAGAAGCAAAUUUGUACAUGCAAACGAAAAAUGUUUUGGUUUUUUUCCAUUUGUGCUUUGAUUUUUUUCCUCCGCAGUUCGGCAGGGGUGUAACUGGAAUUAGAUGCUCUUCUCCUUCUGCUGUUUGUCGCACGCUCUGUGACGCUUCUUUUGUUUUGCCACACAAAGACUUGAAAUGAUUGAUGCUAAUAUACAUAUACACACACACACACAC